CUCUGAAGGCAGCCGGCAAGGCGGGUCCCCCGGGAGGAGCAGGAUGCAGCCCCACCUGGCGCUGAUGUGCUUGGCUGUCGUCGGGGGGGUGCUGCCGGCGUCGGCGCGCCCGGAGCCCAGGAGGCGCCAGCAGAUGGACCCAGGGCGCUGCGAGCUGCCCCGAUCGCAAAGAGACUUGAACUCUUUCCUCUGGACUAUCCGGAGGGACCCUCCGGCCUAUCUAUUUGGAACAAUCCAUGUGCCUUACACACGCGUGUGGGACUUUGUCCCUGAGAACUCCAAGUCUGCUUUCCAAGCCAGUUCCAGUGUGUACUUUGAGCUGGACCUCACUGACCCCUACACCAUUUCGGGCCUGGCCAGCUGUCAGCUGCUACCCCACGGGGAGAAUUUGCAAGACGUGCUCCCCCGGGAUCUUUACCACCGCCUCAAGCGCCACCUUGAGUACGUCAAAUUGAUGCUCCCUCACUGGAUGACGCCAGACCAACGGGGGAAAGGUCUUUAUGCCGAUUACCUCUUCAAUGCUAUUGCUGGGAACUGGGAGCGCAAAAGGCCCGUCUGGGUGAUGCUGAUGGUCAACUCCCUCACGGAGACAGAUAUCCGUUCCCGUGGAGUGCCCGUAUUGGACCUCUACCUGGCUCAGGAGGCGGAGAGGAUGAAGAAAAGGACAGGAGCUGUGGAGAGGGUGGAAGAGCAAUGCCAUCCACUGAAUGGGCUGAACUUCUCCCAGGUGCUGUUUGCCUUGAACCAAACAUUGCUGCAACAUGAGAGUCUUCGAGCUGGCAGCUUGCAGGCCCCUUACACCACGGAAGAUCUCAUCAAGCACUACAACUGUGGAGAUCUCAAUGCUGUCAUAUUUAAUCACGAUACUUCACAGCUCCCUAACUUCAUCAACACAACCCUUCCUCCACAUGAACAGGUUACAGCACAGGAAAUUGACAGCUACUUCCGCCAGGAACUCAUCUACAAGAGGAAUGAGAGAAUGGGGAAAAGAGUGAUAGCCCUCUUAAGAGACAAUACUGACAAGAGCUUCUUCUUUGCCUUUGGAGCAGGUCACUUCUUGGGCAACAAUACUGUUAUCGAUGUGCUGAAGCAAGCUGGGUUUGAAGUAAAGCAUAUUCCUGCAGGACAACCAAUAGAAAAAACAAACAUCAAUGCACCCUCUAGAGGAUCCUCUGCAACAGCCACACCUGCUAUCCAUUUUUUUGACCCUGUGCCACCAUCAUCAUCUUCAGUGCCUCCUCAGUCCAGUGAAGAAGACAGUCUUCCUCCACAUCUUCUACUGCCAGACAGCAUCAGUCAGCUGGAAGAGUUUGGGCGGCAGAAGAAGUGGCACAAGAAGCAGUAUAAAAACCAUCGCCAAAGACAAUUCAAUGACCUCUGGGUUCGGAUAGAAGAUGGGACAACCACCGUGCCUUCUCACAUCAGGAUAACCAACAGCUACAUCUCAGUCAACCCUUCUGUUUGGUUUUCAAAGCCUCUGGACCAGCAGCCCCAGCCAGACCUUGCAUUCCGUCGUCAUCUCAAAAGCUCAGCCAUAGGCAGCAACAUGGCAUCACUCUUAACUCUUUCUGUCUGUGUAGCAACGACAUCUCUGCUGUUGAAUCUGCUCAGUCCUUCCUGACAAAACAAGGAUUUGUAAGUGCAAUAUCCAGAAAAGAGGAGAAGGAUUGUGUAUGUUCUCAAUGAACUAUUUCACCUGGGCCUCCGGAGCAAAUGAAUGGAAGAAGCACCUCUAACUGGUAUACGUCUCUCUUGCCCAGAUAUGAUUUUGAAACUCUAAAGCUUUAUUUUGUACACUGACUUAACAUCUUCUUUUUGUAGAAGGAUCUUUAUUUCCCAUGCUGCUAUGGGGUUUUGUAAAAUAUAUGUGUUCAUAUAUAUAAAAGAAGAAGAAAAAUAGUGUAUUUA